AUGCUGCAACCGGUGGCGGCACCAACGAGUCUUCCGCCUUUUCAAGCUAGCAGCGCCUUUCUGGCGUCAUCGUCAUCCGCUGCCCUUGAACCCUUCACAGAGUGUCAACUACCUCCGGGAUUGUGUCAAAGCAGAACAACUUCAGGCUCCUCAAGUUCAGACCAUCAACAGGCUUGGUCCGCCUCACAAUACGCCGAAAACGACGCCGUCGACUGCAAGACCGAACCAGGCGCGCCAAUUUGGCCUCCCGCACCUCCAAAUCAGCUUUGGUCUCAUGACCUGGUGGCUUAUGUCCCCUAUCCGUAUCCGUCCACUCCUACUCCGAACUACCUGAGUGCGGGCCAAAAAGCAAUCAAGUGUCAGGUACGAUUUCUUGUGCUUCUUGUAAAUGCCCGAAAUGGGGAUAAAAAAAUAAGUUAA